AUCACCAUUCUUCUUCACACUUCAAUCACAAAACAAGACAACACAAUGCAGAUUCACAAACUCUGUUUUCUUGUUCUGUUCCUAGCUAACGCAGCUUUCGCCGUCAAGUUCAACUUCAAAUCCUUUGAUGGCAACAACUUGGUGUUCCUCGGAGAUGCGGAGCUCGGUGCUUCCUCUGAUGGUGUAGGGAGAUCCGGAGCUCUAUCCAUGACCCGAGACGAGAACCCUUUCUCUCACGGUCGAGGUCUUUACAUCAAUCCUAUCCCAUUCAAGCCUUCAAACACUUCUUCUCCUUUCUCGUUUGAAACUUCUUUCACUUUCUCCAUCACCCCUCGUACCAAACCCAACUCCGGUCAAGGCCUUGCCUUCGUCAUCGUCCCUGAAGCUGAUAACUCCGGCGCUUCCGGUGGCGGGUAUCUCGGAAUCCUCAACAAAACCAACGACGGGAAGCCAGAAAACCACAUCUUCGCUGUCGAAUUCGACACUUUCCAGAACGAUGAGUUCAUGGACAUUAGUGGUAACCAUGUCGGAGUCAACAUCAACUCGAUGACUUCUCUUGUCGCUGAGAAAGCUGGUUACUGGGUUCAGACAUUGGUCGGGAAAAGAAAGGUUUGGUCGUUUAAAGAUGUGAAUCUGAGCAGUGGAGAGAGGUUCAAGGCUUGGAUCGAGUUCAGAAGCAAAGACUCUAGGAUCACCGUUACGCUGGCGCCAGAAAACGUUAAGAAACCGAAGAAGCCUUUGCUCCAAGGUCCGAGAGUCCUCAAUGACGUCCUUCUUCAAAACAUGUACGCCGGCUUUGCUGGUUCCAUGGGACGUGCCGUUGAGCGUCACGACAUUUGGAGCUGGUCCUUCGAAAACGCAGCCAAAAACAACUAAACCGUUUUGCUUCGAUACAGUUUGGAUAUAUUUGGCAUUGUUGUACUACUACUCAGUGGUAAGUAGUUACUAGAGUGAAUAAUUAUGAUUAAUGUUUGAAUAAAACAAGCCAAAUCUGUGGCUUCUCUGUAUUGCCUUAUUUGUUGUAUUCAGUCUAAAUAAUCAGAGACUUUCAAUAAAAGAAACUUGUUUAAUAUAAAA